UCAAACCUAUCAACUCAGUAUCGAUUUCUGCUCCUACCAAAAUGAAAAUGGACUUUGAAUUCCCUACGUUCAGGCCUGUCCUCCUCUUGCUCUUCCUCUUUCUCUCCACCGCGACAUCCUUUAACAUAACUAGCAUCCUCGGCAAUUUCCCCGACUUCAGCGUCUUCAAUAGCUACCUCACGCAGACCGGCCUUGUCGUUGACAUCAAUUCUCGCAGCACCAUCACUGUCCUCGCCACCAACAACGAUGCAAUCUCUGUUCUCUCAAACCGGAACCUCCCGGUGGAUUCCAUUAAAAGGAUCAUCAGCUUGCACGUGGUCCUUGAUUACUAUGACCAAAGCAAGCUGAAGCAAUUCUCCGGCAAGUCGAACCUUCUCACCACCUUGUUCCAAACCACUGGCACUGCCACCAACCAGGAGGGCUUCCUGAACGCCACCUACCUGAACUCCGGCGACAUCAUGUUCGGCUCCGGCGUCCGCGGAUCUGGCCUAACAUCUAAGUUCGUAAAAGUGGUUGCCGCGGAGCCGUAUAACAUAUCAAUCAUUCAGAUCAGCAGCGUCAUCAUCCCCCCGGGGUUCGAGAAUGCUUCGACGCCGACCUCUCAGGUGAACAUCACUUCUACUCUACUGAGCUCUGGAUUCCAAUCCUUCGCGGAUCUGCUGCAAUCUACGGGGGCAAUUCAGACAUAUCUGGGCGCUGAAAAUAAUGGGUUGACAGUAUUUGCACCCGGAGAUAAAGCCAUUCAAGUUAUACCGUCCAAUCUAACAGACGAUGAGAGGAGAUCACUUGCUUUAUACCACGCUGUUAGCGGCUACCACCCAAUGCAGUACUUGAAUAAGGUGACUGGACCCUUGAGUACGCUUGCCUCCAACGGCAAUUCAAAUUUUCAAAUUACCGUUAAGACCGACGCUCAAAAGGUGACCCUCAACUCGGGCCUGAAUACCGUUAAUGUCGGUCGCACCAUUCUAGACCAGCAGCAGAUUGCCAUCUACGCCAUCGACGCCGCUCUCCAGCCGCCGGAAAUCUUCGCAUCCAACGGUACGCUGCCUCCGCCGUCUAAUGCACCGCCGACCCCACCUACGCCGGCUGCACCUGCUCCAACUUCACCCUCUCCUUCUGCACCAAGUCCAGUGCCAUCCAGUGGAAGCCCACCUUCAGACUCUGGACCUACUUCUUCACCUGCCGCAUCCCCGCCUGCGCCGCCAACUGCAGAAACACCAGCAGCCGAUAGCCCAGCCGCCAAUGGACCACCUGCCGGCGCUAAACCGCUAACUCCGGCGCCUUCUCCACCAGAUGCUUCCUCGGCCUCACGUUUAUAUAGUUAUUGCUUCGCUGCUGUCUUGAGCAUCUUCUACUGCAUUGUUGUGUGAUUGAUGUUGGCAACUUAGCUUUUGGUUGCAGAUUGAAAGUUUUUGUAGUAGUAAUUCCCUUUUUAAUUUUGAAAUGAAGUCCCCCUGUUUGGUCUGA